UAAGACUUAACAUCACUUGGAAUGUUAUUAAUAAUUUCAUUAAAUUAAUUGUUAUAUUGUAUUAUGUAAAUGCUUAUAUUCCUUACAAUAAUGAAAUUUAAAGUGUUGUGGUUAAUAUUUUUGCUAUUACUAUUAUGCAAAUCAUUUUGUGAUGCUUGGAUGGACGAAAGACCUGUUUUGGAAUCUGUUGACGGAAAUCUCAUUAUUUCAAGUGCAAAAGAUAGAAAUAUUACGAUUAAAAUUUUAGGACACGGAUAUUUCAAUAUUGAUGACAUCGAUUUAUUGCAUGUUGCCGUUUCGGCAAGAACUGCAUCACGUUUAGUUGAACAGUGGCGCGAUGGGUUUUUAAAAGAUUUAGUACAAAAAGUACAGAAGGCUGAUCACGCGAUCAAUGGUCCAUAUGGAUUACAAAGACGUUUAAAUAUUUUAGAAUACGGUAUUGAUACAUCAUCAAAUUCUUCUGGUUCACGGUUUCCGGCCCCGUCGAAUGACAAUUAUCCUAUUGAUGAUGUGACCAAAUCAACCCUUCACACACUAAAUGAUCGAGUUCGACGAAUAGAAGGGCGAUUGCGAACAAUUUCAUCAAAACUACGGCAAAAUCAAUGUACAAGUAAUCCAUGUUUGAAUGGAGGUACUUGUAUAAGAGUGUAUGAUAAUUUUCAGUGUAUAUGUCCUUCUUUUUGGGAGGGCUCUAACUGUGGUAUUGACGUAAAUGAAUGUGCAAGAUUCAUGGGAACAGAUUUAGGUUGUCAGAAUGGAGCGACUUGUACAAAUCUUCCUGGAUCUUAUCGCUGUUCAUGUACAUCAGGUUGGUACGGAGUUGAUUGUACUUCAAACACAAUGGCUUGUAAUGCUCAAAAUUCUCACACAUUAUGUGGUGAUCAUGGGACAUGUGUUUCUACCGGAACAACUCGUGGUUAUACUUGUUUAUGUUCACAAGGAUGGAAGUCAAAUGGCGAUGAUCCUGCAUGUACAAUAGACAUCGAUGAAUGUGCAGCAAAACAUCCUCCUUGCUCAAUUCAACCAUAUGUACCUUGUAUUAAUGUACCUGGGGAUUUCUAUUGUGGCAGUUGUCCAACUGGUUACACUGGAAAUGGUCAUUAUUGUGCGGAUAUUGACGAAUGCUCUUCAGAUAAUGGUGGAUGCAGUAUGAUACCAAAAGUUCAAUGCAUCAAUACAAUGGGAUCAAGAGUAUGUGGAUCUUGUCCAACCGGUUAUCAAGGUGAUGGUGUUACAUGUGUAUUCGUUGGAACUUGUAGAAUCAAUAAUGGAGGGUGUCAUCCACUCGCAACCUGUAUCGACAAUCCUGGAUACAAUAAUCUUCUUGUAGAGUGUCGUUGUCCGACUGGAUUCUACGGUAGUGGAAUCGGUCCCCAAGGGUGUCAGGCAGGCACUGUUAGUGAUAACGGUCCUUGUGCAAGUAACCCAUGUAUUCAUGGACAUUGUAUACCACAUGAUAAUAAUUUUAUCUGCAGAUGUAAUUCUGAUUAUACAGGAAUUACGUGUGCUACACAAAUAAAUCCGUGCUCUCCGAAUCCAUGCAAAAAUGAGGGAAUUUGCACUCUAACAGAAACAAGAGCAAUAUCAUGUGAAUGUACAGCAACUUACUCGGGUCCUCGAUGCGAAACGCCAAAAGAAGCUUGCGGAGGCGUAAUUCGUGACUUAUCCGGUACUUUAACGUAUCCUUCAAGUGGUGUUACAUAUGGGCAUGGUCUCAGCUGCGCUUUUAUUUUAGCUACAAAUAAUUCUUUAGUUUUAAAUGUUACUUUCACAAAGUUCGAUUUGGAAUCAACUCCUGGAUGCCGACAUGAUUUUCUUCAAAUACAUGAUGGAGGGAAUGCUGGGAGUCAUCAACUUGGAAGAUUUUGUGGGAACAAUUUACCAUUAAAUGGAAACAUUAUCUCCACUCACAAUAGCGUAUAUUUGUGGCUUCACACAGACAAUAGCAUUUCCCGUACUGGAUUUUCACUUUAUUGGAAUAGUAUUAAACCUGUUUGUGGUGGAUUAUUGGAUUCCGAACAUGGAACAAUUAGUUCACCUGGAUCACCUGGAAGAUAUUCUCCGGAUAGAGAUUGUACGUGGCAUGUUAUGGUCCGUAUGGGAAAACGGAUUCAAUUUCACUUCUUUACCAUUAUGAUUGAAGAACAUCCAACUUGUGAUAUGGACUAUCUUGAAAUUACCGAAACUGUCAGCGAUAGAGAAGUUCAACUGGGUAUUUAUUGUAAUCAUACUCAUCCACCACCUCUUAUUACUUCUGGCUCAUUUGCAACAGUUCACUUCCAUUCAGAUGAUCACGGUCAAGACUUAGGGUUUCAAAUCACCUAUUCAAGUAUCGAAGGAAUUCCUGGUUGUGGAGGAGUGUACACUGCGGCUCAAGAUAUUAUCUCUUCCCCAACUGAUCAAUCAUCUUAUUUACCUAACAUGUUAUGUGAGUGGAAAAUUCAGUUACCAAUUGGUGAAAAAAUUAGAAUUACUUGGACUACUUUUGAUCUCGAAGAGUCAGAUAGUUGUUUAUUUGACUACCUUCAGAUUUUUGAAGGACCUGAUAUGGACUCUCCAACUUUAGGGACCUUUUGUGGUAGUAAUUUACCUUCAACAAUGGAACUGGAUUCAAACGUUGCAUUGAUAGUUUUUAAAAGUGAUUGGAGUAAUGAACAUACAGGUUUCAAAUUGCAAUAUGAAACGUCUUGUGGUGGUGAAUUCCACGAGCCAUCCGGAAUAAUAAAGUCACCAUAUUAUCCAAAUCAUUACCCAGGUGCUAGAACCUGUCAUUUUAUGAUAGUUCAACCACCAGGUAAAGGGAUUGUCUUAGAUAUAGUUGACAUGGACAUUGAAGGUUCGUCUUUUAUCGAUUGUUAUUUCGAUCAUUUGGAAAUUCAUGAUGGAGAUAGUGAAAAUUCAACAAUUCUUGCUAAUCUUUGUGGUGAUGAAGAAAAAAUACCAAGUGAUUCAAUAUAUUCAUCACUAAAUUAUAUGUAUCUCAAGUUUGAAGCCGAUGCGAGUAUUCAUGGCCGAGGUUUUCUUGCAAACUAUACUACUGUAAACCGAAGAUGUGGUGGACUUCUUAAACUAAAUAAUGGAGAAAUUCGUAGUCCAUCCGAUUCAAGUGGAUACGCAAAUGAUGAAGAGUGCACAUGGAAUAUUCAAGCACCACCAGGAAAUGUUAUCCAACUUACAUGGGUAUCAUUUGAUUUAGAGUAUCACGACAAGUGCUUAACUGAUUAUGUUAAACUUUUAGAGAACUAUGAAGGAACAGUUGUUGAAGUUGGCAGAUAUUGCGGUGACAAAUUACCACCAAUAGUAACAUCUCAAGGUCCUACAUUAACAUUGGUAUUUAAUUCCGAUAGCACAAUUACUUCUGAAGGAUUUGUUGUUAAUUAUUUGUUCAUUGAUGCUUCCAAAGUCUGUGGAGGUCGUUAUUAUAGUCCUAGAGGUGUUAUAAAGAGUCCUGAUUAUCCAAAUUACUAUCCUUCAAAUCGUAAUUGCGAAUGGAUUAUUGAAACCCAAAAUAAAUAUCAGAUAGAAUUAAAGAUUAUAAAAUUUCAAGUAGAAGACCAUCACUAUUGCUCGUAUGAUUAUUUAGAAAUUAGGAAUGGUGGUUAUGAUACUUCACCUUUGAUUGGAAAAUUUUGUGGUGAUCAAAUACCACGUCAAAUAAUGAGUUUUACCAAUCAGAUCUAUCUUAAAUUUGUUUCUGACGGAUCUAGAGGUGAUGAAGGUUUUGAAAUUGAAUGGGACAGUAUGACUUAUGGGUGUGGUGGUACGCUAACAGCAGCUACUGGUGACAUUAUUUCACCAAAUUAUCCUCACGUGUAUUCACGAUCAUCAGAUUGUACAUGGAAAAUUGCAGUAUCAGCUGGCAGCCGAGUUCAAAUAAUUAUUGUUGAUCUUGAUUUGGAAGAACAUAUUCGAUGUAAUUUUGAUUAUCUUGAAAUCUUCGAGGGUAUGAAUGGAAUACGAAGAAAUGUGAAUCGUUUUUGUGGAACAACUUAUCCCCCUUCAAUUGAAUUGAACAGUAACUUAGUUACUGUACGCUUUCGAAGUGAUUUUACGAAUUCAGGACGUGGUUUUUUCAUCAAGUAUAGUACACUUUGUGUCAACCAACUCCGUGGUUUUAAUGGAGUAAUAGAAUCACCUAAUUUCCCCGAAAAAUAUUCAUCAUCUGUUAAUUGUAGCUGGAUAAUUAAUGCGCCGAUUGGCAAUAAAAUUAAUAUCACAUUUUCGCAUUUUGAUCUUGAAACAAGCUCUGAAGAUGGUUGUAAAUAUGAUUAUUUGUCUAUAAGAGAGGGUACUGAAGAUCAGUUUAAUACAGAAUUAGGAAAAUAUUGUGGUGAUAAGAUACCAUCAAAAUUAACAUCUACUGAAAAUCAAAUAUCAAUUAUUUUUAUAACCGACGAGUAUUACACAUAUGGUGGAUUUAGAUUAGAGUGGAUAAUUCAUGGUUGUGGUGGUCAUUUAACUAAGCCAGAAGGGGAGUUUACAUCACCUGGUUUUCCAUCAUAUUAUCCACUCAAUAUAGAAUGUGAAUGGUUAAUUGAAGUUGAGUAUGGCAGCAGUGUUGAAAUAUUUUUCGCUGAAGUCAAUACCGAAAAAACAGCAAGUUGUUACUAUGAUAAAAUCGAAAUUUAUGGUGGUGAAGAUGCAAAUGCACCAAAACUAGCUGAAUUCUGUCAUUCGGCAGAACCGAUUAAUUACACGAGUCCAACAAACAAAAUGUUUAUUAAAUUUAAAUCUGAUCCAUCCUAUACCGGACGAGGUUUUUCAGCUAGUUAUAAAUCGGUUUUAUUAACUUGCGGUGGAGUAUUUCACGUUGAUCAAGGAAUUAUACAUUCAGCUAACUAUCCGAUGAACUAUCCUCAUAAUCAAAAUUGCGAAUGGUCGAUUUCUGUUGAUCAAAAUCAUGCAAUUAAUUUAACAUUCAUUGAUUUCGAUAUUGAAGAUACAACUAAUUGUACUGAUGAUUACGUAAAGGUAUUUGAUGGUUCAACAAAAGAACAUGAAGAAUUAGGACUAUUUUGUCGAAAUGAGUUACCGCCAUCAAUAAUUUCAUCAGGAAAUAAAAUGUUAGUAGUAAUGAGAACUGACAGUUUAAUAUCAGCAAAAGGUUUCAAAGCACAAUUCGAUCGCACAUGUGGAGCUAAAAUUGUGACAGAUGAAACGGGAGUUUUGUCCACAGUAUCUAAUUUACAUUUACGUCAAACAGACGGUACCAAUUGUACUUGGAUAAUUGAGGCUUCCGAUCCAGCUGAUCAUAUUACGCUCACUAUUAUUCAUAUGGAUUUAACUAAUUCAUGGAUAAACACAGGGGAUGAAUCGUGUGAAGAACAUUAUCUGAGAGUUUACGAAGGUGAAGGUAUAAGUGGACCACUUCGAGGCUCAUGGUGUAGUAGUAAAGCACCAGCGCCAAUUGUCAGUAAUGGAAAUGUUUUGACAGUACAUUUGGUUUCAUCAUUUGCCAGUGAUGAUAUGUUUCAAGCAACUUAUUCUGUUUUAAAUUCUGCAUGUGGUGGUAGUUAUUUAUCUGAAGCUGGGACAAUAUCAUCACCAUCAUAUCCAGAUAGUUAUCCGUUGAAUGCUGAAUGCGUUUGGGAACUCAAUACAUCACCGGGAAAUCGAAUAAGUCUAACGUUUUCUGACUUUGAUAUUGAAUCAAGUCCAAGCUGUAAUCGCGAUUAUUUAGAAAUACGUGAAGAUUCCGCAGUGGGUCAAUUGAUUGGAGCAUAUUGCGGUAAUACAAUUGAUCCGAUAGCAUCCAACGCAAGAUUAUGGCUAAAAUUUCGAAGUGAUAACAGUGGUACGGGUAAAGGUUUUUUGGGUGAAUAUACAUUUAUUCAUGGUAAUGACAUAACCGGCACUUUCGGUGCAAUUGCUUCCCCCUUUUAUCCACAUGCAUUCAAGCGAAGUGAUGACGUCACCUGGAGAGUCACUGUACCUUUUGGAUUAGCAGUACGAAUUGAAUUUGAUGAUUUCCAUCUCGAAAACGUUAAUGAAUGUUAUUUUUCAAGCUUCACGAUUUAUGAUGGUUAUGAUUCUGAAGCUCCAAUUCUUAGUGAACCAUGUACUAACAGUAUACCUGAUCCAGUUCAAUCGUCAAGUAAUGUUAUAUUUAUUAAAUUCAAUGGUGAUUAUAUGAGAGAAGGAAAUUGGUUUUAUCUCCAUUGGUAUCAAGUACCUCGAGAAAGUCUCAUUGGAGGACAUAAAACAAGUUUAUCAGAAUGUAAUGAAGAAAUCUUUUUGAGUCCAACAAACACCAGUUAUUAUAUAACUUCACCUGGUUUUCCAACAGGAUAUGAACCUAAUCUCGAAUGUAGUUGGAUUAUUUCUUCACCUCCUGGAACACACCUAAUAUUUUGGUUUUUAGAUCUUGAUCUUGAAGAAUCUAACGGUUGUAUAACUGAUCAUGUUGAUAUUUAUUCAGGAUAUGUACGUUCAUCAAUACCACCACCAGACGCAAAACUUCAUGGAAAAUAUUGUUUAAGUAACGAAUCGAGUCUUCAUGUUGAAACAACUAACACAAUGACGGUUAAAUUUAUAAGUGAUAUAUACAUAAAUAAUACUGGUUUCAAAGGAGUCGUUUACGUUGAUUGUGGUGGUGACUUAAGUGGCUCUAAUGGAGAAAUUGAAUUUAAUAAUGUAAUUAGACAACAUUUAGUACGUUCAUGGAGCUUUAACUGUGAAUGGAAUGUCAGUGUGAGACCUGGAAGAAAAAUUGAAGUUAAAUUAGUUAACAUGUCAAUUGAUACAACGGAUAAUCAUUGUAGCAAUUAUUAUUUAAUGUUGAAAAAUGGAGGUGGUCCAGAGUCUCCACUUCUUGGUGAUGGAAAAUAUUGUGGCAACACUUUACCUGAAACUUUAAUGACAACAGGAAACAAAUUAUACGUAAAAACAGUUGGCACUGGUACACAUGUUAAUUUCGCACUUGAAUGGCGAGAAGUAGGAUUAGAUUGUGGUGGGGUCUUCAAUUUAGAAAAUAGGAUGGAAUUUUCCUCACCUAAUUAUCCUAAUAUACCACCGCCUUAUUCAGAAUGUUUCUGGACGUUUAUGGCACCAGCUGGAACAAGACUUUCUAUACACUUUAUCGAACGUUUCGAUCUUGCUAACAGUGCCGGUUGUGAAAAAGAAUUCCUCGAAAUUAGAGAUGGGGGUACCGAUUCGUCAAAACUUUUAGGCAGAUUUUGUUCAGAUGUUGCGCCAAGUAGUUUAACGACGACCGGAAAUGUUCUCUAUGCUCAUUUUUACACUGAUUUAGCUGAUCCUAAAAAUGGUUUCAAAGCGACUGUCAUUCCUGGCGAAUUUUGCGGUGGUAUUAUACGAGGGAAAGAUGGUAUUAUUUCAUCUCCAAACUAUCCAGCAAUGUAUCCCAAAGAUCAAGAAUGUGCUUGGUGGUUAAUUGGCCCAGAUGACCAUUCCUUAACAAUCCAAUUUCGUGACAUUCAUCUUCCUGGUUUAAGACGUUGUGAAAAUACUGAUCAUGUUUUUAUUGGUGAAAAAGUUCCUCAUAAUGAAACUGUUAUUCCUAUAACUACUGUAUGUGGAAGUAUCAAGCCUUUACCUAUUGUAACAUCGUCCAAUGAAGCUUUUAUAACAUUCAUUAGUGAUCGAAGAAGUUACAUAAACUAUCGAGGAUUUAGUUUAAACUUCACAGCUAGUAAAAGCAGUUGUGGUGGUUCUUUAACCGGUAUGUCAGGAGAAUUUAAAUCACUUGGUUAUCCAAAUCCUACCACUCGUUCUAGAUAUUGUGAAUGGAAAAUUACUGUACCAGAAGGUAAUCAAGUACAAGUAGAAAUUGAUGACUUGGAUACAUCAGAAAUUGAAACUGAGCGGUCGGGAUUUUAUUUAGCAUUUUACAAUGAUUUUCAAUCAAAGUCAAAGAUUUCAAUCAUUCGGACGCAAGAGCAUUCAAAUAAAUUUAGCAGUUCUACAAAUUUGAUGCUGAUCUCGUUUUGGUCAAGCAGUGGCCACAGAGGUCUCAAAGCUCAUUACAUUGCUGCAGGAACAGCUCCUUGUGGUGGAAGUAUUAAUAAUUAUCGCGGUCUUUUGUUCGCUCCAACAACUUCACCUUUCAAUCACUCCACUUUUUAUUGCCAAUGGUCUCUGAAAGCCCCAAUGUUUUUAAUGCCAGAAGAAAAUUCGGAACCCGACGUAACAUUAACUGUAGUGGUAAAAGGAUUAAUCGGUCGAUAUAACAGACAGACUCGUUCGUGUAUUUAUCUAAUGAAAUAUAUUAUGGUUACAGGUCCUGAUGAGCUAACAGGAAUAGUAUGUGGUAAUGUAUCACAAGAGCCAUAUGUUAUAAGAAGCCCCUCACCAUACAAUUACAUUAAGGUACUAAAUGGUACUCACGGUUCUACGAUGAACUUUGAAAUAGAAUAUUGGUGGCAACGAUGUGGUGGAGUACUUUCAGGUCCUUCUUAUACAAUUGGAGCGCCGGCAGAUAUUCCGUACCCCAAAAGUUGUGCAUGGCGAGUAGAGUUUCCUGAUAAUGGCGAAAUUAUUCGUAUGUCUUUUAAUCGAUUCAAUAUCGGCAGCUGUGAUAAAGGAUAUAUUAUUGUCAGGAAUGGGGGAUCAAUGUCUCCAGAAGUAGGAAAAUUUUGUGGCAACCUCAGCCCACCAAAUAUAACAAGUUCUACUCAUAAGCUAUGGAUUGAAUAUUAUGCUAAGGAAGCACCGAGUGAUUUUGAAUUUAAUUUAGAUGCUGAUAGAUAUGGAUGUGGAGGUGUAUUGCGUGGAUCAAAUAGAGAAAUAUCUUCUCCAAAUUUUCCGGGUCAGUAUCCUAAUAAUGCUGAAUGUACUUGGGAAAUAAUUGGAGAACCCGGUUAUCAUAUCGGAUUGUCUUUUAUUGAUAGAUUUAAUUUAGAAACAAGCUCAUCUUGUUCUCAUGAUUUUGUUGAAAUUUAUGAUCAAGAAAAUAAUGAUGAUGAUGGUUCAUGGAAAUCGUUAGGGAAAGUUUGUGGCAGAAAUACCCCAACGCCAUUUAAUACAACUUCAAAUCAUAUGAAAAUUAUAUUUCGUUCAAAUGAAGCAGUACAAGGAGAUGGAUUUCGUGCUAUGUGGCAUCGCAAUUGUGGUGGUGUUUUUAUUGCCUCAAGACGUCGCAAAAUUAUCGAAUCACCCAAAUAUCCGAGCUAUUACGAUAAAGAUCUUUAUUGUAAUUACACUAUCAUUGCUCCAGAAGGACAAUCAGUGUUAGUAGAAUUCAAUGAUUUUCAAUUGGAAACAGGUGAUAAUUGUAAGUAUGACAAUUUAACAAUCAAACGUAUUGAAUUUGGCUGGCAAGAGUCAGAAACUGUUUGGUGUGCUGGCGAUACACCACCAAUUCAAUUAACAGACAAUGCGUUAAUAAUAAUUUUCCAAACCGAUAAGUUUGUUCAGAGAAGAGGUUUUCAAUUUACGUAUUUUGUGAACGAAUGUGGAGGUGAAGUAACAAAAGAAGAAAUCAUUGAACCACCUUAUUCUAAAGACUUAUUGACAUAUUUCGGAAAACUUAAUUGCACUUGGAUUAUACGUGCUCCAGUCGAUAAAAGUAUUGUUUUAAGAUUUGAAGUGUUUGAAUUAGAGUACAGUAGUAGAUGUUAUUUUGAUCGUUUAAUGAUUUUCGAAGGCGCAAAUAUUAACGAUUCUGCAACACUAGCUACAUUUUGUGGUAAUUUGACAGAAUCAUUGCCUGUUAUUAAAUCUAUUGGCAAUACAAUGACAGUUAGCUUCAAUUCCGAUGAAAGUAGACACUUCAGAGGGUUCAAAGCUGCGAUUUUAUUUACAAAGAACAGAGAAAGUGGUUGUGGUGGUGAUUUGAAUUUAAAAUCAUCGCAUACUUGGAAAACACAGACGGGGGCAAAAUAUGAUGCAUUCGAGGAUUGCUUGUGGUCUGUCUCUGCCCCAUCUGGCAAAAAUAUUAAAAUGACAAUUACAAGUAUGGAUCUUCACAAUACACCAAAUAAAACUGCAUUGCAUGGUGGUUCUUGUAAUGGUGAUUUCUUAGAGAUACGUGAUGGCAAAGGUCCAUUUGCUGAAUUAAUCGGAAGAUUUUGUGGAAGUACAAUACCACCCGACCCCAUUAUAUCUUCAUUAAAUCAUUUAUGGAUUAGAUUUUUCAGUGACGGUGAAAUUCAAGGAUCUGGAGUAACAGCACAUUUUGAUAUAGUCAAUUCACUUUGUGGCGAGACAACGAUAUCAAUAGUCAAUACAUCAAAAGUAAUAAGCUCUCCCGAGUAUCCAGCUGAUUUUCCUUUAGGUAUUCGAUGUAAAUGGAUUAUUACAACGCCAAGUAGUCAUGAUAUUCAUAUUCAUUUCAUAGAUGUUGAUAUGGAAGAUUCCGCUGAUUGCUUAGGCGAUCGAUUACAAAUUAUCGAUGAAAUGAAUAACCAACACAUAAGUCAAGAUUUCGGUGAAGACUUUGUUUAUAGUGGAAAACAUGGACAACGGCCAAUGAUCCGAUUAGGAAAACAUAAUCCUAUGGCUGCUUAUACUUACUGUUCAAAAUUCCAAUCAUAUGAUUAUUACAGUGGAGGAAGUGAAAUUGAAAUCAAUCUGAAAUCUACAGUUGAUCAUCCUAAUAAACCAAGGAAAUUUAAAUUUGAAGUAGGAUUAGCUGAUUGUAGUCGUAAUUAUACAAGUUCACAAGGAAGAAUUAUACAUCAAGGAUUUACGGACUGUUGGAUGCAAAUAAUAGUACCACCUGGAAACACUAUUUCACUAUACUUCAAUUCUUUGAGACUUUUCGAUGUGUCUGAAUGUACGCGGAGUUAUUUACAAAUCCAUGAUGGUGAUUUUAGUGCUCCAUUACUAGCAACGUUAUGCGGCAUGCAAAUACCAUCGCCAAUUUUCAGUACAACCAAUAAGUUAAGUCUACAUUCGACAUCAGAACGUGGUGUUACAUGGGAAAGUUAUGAUAUUUUGUAUACAUCAACUGAUAAAGGACGUGGUUGUGGGGGAAUAAUUUAUAAUUAUGUUGGUAGAAUUACCUCGCCAAUGUAUCCAAAUAAUUAUCGUAACACAAGUACAUGUGUUUGGGACAUCAGUGUCCCUCGGGGUUUUAAAGUUGUUCUUGACUUUAUAGUGUUUGACUUAGGUUUAAGCGAUUGCUCGACUGAUUAUAUUGAGGUAGAAGAUGCAGGAGUAUCAAGGAGAUACUGCGCACGAGAUAAUCCUGCUAAAUUCCACGCAUCAACGAAUGAUGUUAAAGUAAUUUAUCAGACAAGUGCAAAUAAUGGAGGCAGCGGAUGGGUCAUUAACUUCAUAGGAGUUGAACAUUCAUAUACUGACGAAGGGGCCGAUGGAGCAUUCGUAGAAACAAGAUAUUACGAUUAAAUUUUUCUACAAUAAGUACUAAAUAAUCAGUAAAUUGAGAUUAAAACUAUGUAAAUAAUUCAGGAAACCUCGGUAAUAAAACUUAACUAUUAAAAA